ACUCCUUCCCUGGCAGGUCCAAGACGCACCGCUCUAAGCCUUCCGGAAGCCGAGCCUGGCCAGGAGAGAUUCCCUGCGUACCUGGAGGCUGCUGUAGGGGGCGGAGCCAAGAAGAGGGCGAAGACAGGAAACAGAAGAUCAGCUUCCCAGUUUUGAGAAAAGGUGAAGCUCUCCCUGCUGGACCUCAGCCUGCCUCAAUGCCUGCAGCCAGCCUCCUGCCCAGGAAGAGGAGACAAAGAGCUUGCAGAGGACCCAGGACUAGAGCCAGAGGGGUGGCCCCUGGGAGCCCCGGCCCCCCAGCCCAGGUGUUGGUGACGUUCCAGGAUGUGGCUGUGGACUUCACCCAGGAGGAGUGGCGCCUCUUGGACCCUGGUCAGAAGACGUUGUACAAGGAGGUGAUGGUGGAGAAUGCCCAGAACGUGUUCUCCCUGGGUCUUCCAGUUCUCAGAGAAGAUUGGAUCUCCUAUUUUGACCAAGGGGAAACUGUAUGGAUUCUUGAUGGAGAAGGCCCAAGCAACUCUUGUCUGGAUGGAGAGAGGAGGCUUGAAAUGAGAGAACCUAAUGCAAACCUCAGAGAAGAGUCACAACAGCCAGGAUUCAUGAAUGAUAAUUGCUGUGACUUCAGUCUGAGAGAAAUCUGUGACACUGAUUUCAAGAUAGAAAAAACACAAAAAGUUCAUCAGGAAUUUGAUAAAAAUGGAAAGAAUAUCAGGCAAUAUUCCAUCUCAAUUCAGCGUAAGAAAAUGAUCUCAGACAAUGACUCUUCUCAGGACAAUAAAUGUAGGGAAUCCUUUAGUGAACAAGUGGUGUUUGUUGAGUCUCCUGAGAAGGCUCCAGUAUCACAAAACUAUCAAUGUCAUAACUGUGAGAUGACUUUCAAUGUUAAAUCAGAACUAAUUAGACAUGAGAAAAGUCAUGCUGGAGAAAUGCUUUAUACACAUAAUGAAGUUGAGGAGGCCUUCAGUCAUAAUUCUGAGCUCACUGACCACCAGAAAAAUCAACAUGGAAAGAAACAUUAUAAAUAUAACGAUUGUGGUAAAGCCUUCAAGAAAAAAUUAUCAUUUACACACCAUCAAAAUUUUCAUAGCAGCACAAAGCUGCAUGAAUGUAUGCAAUGUGGGCAAGCCUUCAGGAGACAGUCAUCCCUUAUUUCCCAUCAGAAAAUUCAUACUAGAGAGACAUGUAAUGAGUAUCCUGAAUGCAGUAAAACUUUGAGUGAAAAGUCAUCCCUUACUGUAUCUGAAAGAAGUCUUACUGGAAAACAACCUUAUGAAUGUAACCAGUGUGGAAAGACUUUCACACAGAAUUCUCAUUUGGUUGUACAUCAGAGAAUCCAUUCUGGAGAGAACCUUUAUGGAUGUAAUCAAUGUGGAAAGGCUUUCAGAUGCAAUUCUGAGUUCCUUAAACAUCAGAGAAUCCACACUGGAGAGAAACCUUUUGCAUGUAAACAAUGUGGAAAGACUUUCAGUCAGAGGGGCAAUCUUAGUACACAUCAGGGAGUCCACACUGGAGAGAAGCCUUAUGAAUGCCAUCAGUGUGGAAGAAGUUUUAGGAUGAAAUCCAUUCUUAGUGCACAUCAGAGAAUCCACACUGGAGAAAAACCUUAUAAGUGUCAUCAGUGUGGAAAGAGUUUCAGACAGAGCUGCACUCUUACUGAUCAUCAGAGAAUGCACACUGGAGAAAAAUCUUAUGAAUGUAAUCAAUGUGGAAUGGCUUUCAGAAGGUCAUCCAAUCUUGCUCAACAUCAGAGAAUCCACAGUGGAGAGAAACCUUUUGUAUGUAAUCAAUGUGGAAAGACUUUCAGAUGCAAUUCUGGCCUUGUUCAACAUAAGAGAAUCCACACUGGAGAGCAACCUUAUGAAUGUAAACAAUGUGGAAAGAGGUUCAGAAAGAGCUCCAAUCUUGUUGUUCAUGAGAGAACUCACACUGGAGAGAAACCUUAUGGAUGUAAUCAAUGUGGAAAAACUUUCCCAAGGCCAGACAGACUUGCUCAGCAUCAGAGAAUUCACACUGGAGAGAAACCUUAUGAAUGUAAUCAAUGUGGAAAAACUUUCAGGCAAUCCUUCAGUUUUGCUGAACAUAAGAAAAUCCACACUGGAGAGAAACCUUAUGCAUGUAAUCAAUGUGGAAAGGCUUUCAGAAGCAAUUCUGAUCUCCGUAAACAUCAGAGAAUCCACACUGGAGAAAAACCUUUUGUAUGUAAACAAUGUGGAAAGAGGUUCAUUCUGAGUUCCAAUCUUAAUGCACAUCAGAAAAUCCACACUGGAGUGAAACCUUAUGAAUGUGAUGAUUGUGGCAAAGCUUUUAGCAACCAUUCAGCUCUUCUUAUUCAUCAGAGAAUCCACACUGGAGAGAAACCCUAUGAAUGUGAUCAUUGUGGCAAACCUUUUAGGAACACUUCCUCUCUUGUUGUUCACCAGAGAAUCCACACUGGGGAGAAUCCUUAUGAAUGUUUUCAGUGUCGAAAGACUUUCAAAGUGAGGAGCCAACUUGUUAUACAUCAGAGAAUCCACUCUGGAGAGAAACCCUAUGAAUGUAAUCAAUGUGGAAAGACUUUCAGAAAAAGAUACCAUCUUGUUGUACAUCAGAGAAUCCACAAAGCUUAGUAAGAGGCAUUCAAAAGAUGAAAACAUUUCUUUAUAAUCAUAAGUGGCUAAAUGGUAAAAUAGGCACAAAACUUCAUUGUAUUUUAAUAACUCCUUCAAAAUUCAAAUGGAUCAUGUAGAAGUUAAGAAAUGUGUGAAUCAUUGGAGAGAAACCCUAUGCAUGUGAUUACUGUGGCAAACCUUUUAUGAACUCUUCACAACUUGUUCACCAGAGAACCCACACUGGAGAGAAAUGUGACAAGGAAAUCACUUAAAAGACUGACAUAUGUUAAUUUAAGGUCGCUAAGGAAUUCAGCUAUGUAAUUCCUUAAGGAAAACUCAAGUCAGCAGUCAACCUUUUAUGGAGUUUAAUUACAAACAGGAGGAAGAAAGGUAUUAGAGAGAGAGAGAGAAAAGGGAGAGAAGGGAAUAGGGCUUAAAUACCCCCUCUGUUUAGGCUGGGCCAAAAGGCCCAAGCCCUUAGAUAGCUGAGGGAAGAAAAAGAGAUCAGUCCCUAUCACUCACAUGACCAAAAUGGAGAAACAGUCUCAGGGGCCUCCACCUCCAGCUUCCUUCAGAGCAAGCUUCUCAGAGCAAAACCUCUCCAACCACCUCAGUCCUCAGACCCCGCUAUCUUUAAGGAAACCAUCCAAGUUCACUCCCCUCAGUUCUCACAUCUACCAAUCACUGUCCAUGUCUUCCCUGUGCCAAUGGUGGCUCUAGCUUAACCCAGGACCGCCCAGAGGUCUGUCCCCUUUGCACAUGUCUGUUGAAGGUCAUAUUCUCAAAUAAUUAAGUCUUGAUCUUUUGCUGCAGCCCUUCCUAAAUCCUGUUACCCUGAGCAGGGUGGAGAUUGGAAGUUCCAAGACCUGGUUCUGUCAUUCCAAGUAUCUCUGUUGUAUCAAUUCUAAAAUCAAUCAUGACUCAAAGAACUUCCUGUUCUAUGCUUAAGCAUAGGUCAAAGCCCUUUCCAUUGUUCAGCAAUAGGUUUCUGUCCUAAAGUAAUCUUAAGUAGGGAGGAGAAAGACCCUCCCAUGCCAAAGGGGGGUUCACAUUCCAAUAGACUAUCAGUAGGAAAUUUUUCAAGUAGGAAAUUUCCCAAUGGUGAAAUUUCCAACAUUUAUAAGUCUAAGAAAUGUUAAGGUUUACAAUCCCCCCUGAUGAUCAUUGGGAGACUAGUCUCCCCAUUGAUCAUUUAACAUAAUCAUCCUGUCUUUGCUUUAUGAUAAAAGUCUUUGGUUAAUGGAAUAUAUUCAUUUUAUAUUUAAUCACCAGAAGGAAGAAUAAGUAGGUAGAGGAAAGGAAGGAGGGUUCGUCGUAAUAAAAGAGAACAUUUUCUUAACUGGA